GUUAUCUGCCCGUUUCACACGCCUUCAUUUCUGUCACAAUUUCUCAACAGUUUUGAAACAAUAAUAUGUCAAUUUCAAUCUGCCACAGUUCCUUAACCCCUAAUUCCACGGUUCUUCUAAUUCCCACAAAAAAUCCCCAAUUGCAAUCUCUCCGCAAUCAGUGCCUCCGGCUCUCAAUUCUUAAAGUUUCAGCCGCUUCACGUGACCGGAAUCUGACGUCUUCCUCGCCGCCGCUGCCGACUACGACGAGCACUGGAGAUAUUCUUCAGAACCUCGCCGUCUCCUUUGUUCUCUUCCUGGGGUUAGGCUUCGGCAUUCGGGCCUUGCCGGCAUCCGCCUGUACCAGGCUUCCUCCUGUUAUUGCUUCCGUUGUGAACUGCCAAUUCCAGGAGUGCGUGCAAAGUGUUGUGCAGCUGGUCCAGCCCAAAUUCCACUCAACUUUUUGCCCCGAUAGGUGCCUUGUCAGCGACCUUGGUGAUGUAAAAAAGUCAGAGAAUUUGGAAGAAGCUGAAGCUGAUGAAUUGAAGGCAGCUUUUGAGAGAUGGAAGUCCAAAACAUAUGCUUUGUCAGUUCCUUUAAGAGUUGUUGCUUUACGCAACUCACUCCCUUCUAUAUGGUUCCAGGAGUUCAUACAAUCCCAAGGAAAGAGAGUGAAGUUACAGCCAGAGUUUCGUCAAAACCUUAUGGACAUCUUUUCUGAACUUUGCCAGUCAAAUAACAAAGUAGCUGUUAGCCCAAAAUCUGCAAUGGCAGCUGAUGUUGUUACACUGGGUGAUUCUUGGCUCAGUUUUGCCAUAAAAGAGGGUUUGAUUCAGCCCAUCCAAGGGGUGGAAGAACAAGAUUGGUUUCGAGAUUUGACUGAGGACUGGAAGGGAUAUUUGCACAGGAGUACUGAUGGAAAUUUGGAUCCUCAAGGCAAAAUAUGGGCCGUUCCGUACAGAUGGGGAAGCCUGGUUAUAGCUUAUAAGAAAAGCAAAUUUCUAAAGCAUAAAUUGGCUCCCAUAGUGGAUUGGGCUGAUUUAUGGCGGCCUGAGCUAGCUGGGAAGAUUUCAAUGGUUGAUUCACCACGAGAGAUUGUUGGUGCAGUGUUAAAGUACAUGGGGGCUUCGUAUAAUACACACAACAUCACUUCUCAGGUUGCUGGUGGAAAAUCUGCUUUGAAAGAGAAGCUUGCAUUGUUUGCUAAACAGGUUCGACUUUUUGACAGCCAGUACUAUCUUAAAGCUUUCGGAGUUGGUGAUGUUUGGGUGGCUGUUGGGUGGAGUAGUGAUAUUCUUCCUGCUGCUAAAAGGAUGUCAAAUGUUGCAGUUGUUGUUCCAAAGUCUGGUGCUAGUUUAUGGGCAGACUUUUGGGCAAUACCUGCCACUUCCAGAGUUAAAACAGGUAAUGUUGGAGGACGAGUUAGAGGACCAUCUCCUUUGGUGUCUCAAUGGAUUGAAUUCUGUUUGCAAUCUGCAAGGGCACUAUCAUUUAAAGAAGAGGCUAUCCCAGGCGCAUUGCCUAUUGUCUUUCAAGAUCCUGUUCAAGGGUCUGGAAACCUUCAUAAAGGGCAGCCAAAGCUCGAAACAAACCUCGUUGCUUGCAUGCCUCCACCUGAUAUUUUGGCAAGGUGUGAAUUCUUGGAGCCGUUACCAGAAGACACAAUGGCUGAUUAUCAAUGGCUAAUUGCCAAUAUUAAGAAACCUAAACAAUCUGUGAUGCAAACAUUGCAGCAUUACAUCCUUUUGAUAGUUCGAUCUUUGCUGGCUAUUGUGCAGUCUAAGGGUGGUAUAACAAGCUGAUGCUCAUUACAGUAUAUUUGGUUUUUGCAUCAUAUUUUCAAGCAGUGUAAAUUGAUUUCUGCAAAAUGUUACAACACAUUCUUGUAGAGAGAAUAUUAAAUCUGAAUCACUUAUCUCUAGUUAUAAUCUUGAA